AUGGCCCACCAAAAGCCCAAGAAAAGAGUCAAGACUGAAAACAAUGAUUUCAUUAAUUUGAAGGUGGUGGGGCAGGAUGAUUCGGUGGUGCAGUUUAAGAUUAAGAGGCAUAUACCACUUAGUAAACUAAUGAAAAUCUACUGUGAACAACAGGACAUACCUACACAGCUGGAAAUGGAGACCGAAGAUACAAUUAAUGUGUUCCAGCAGCAGAUAGGAUGUGUCUACUAA